AUGUCCGACCCGGUUGUAGAAGCUGAAAAAGUCGGCGGUGGAACGCCUACCGGCGAAUACGAGGGCUCACAGCAGGUUGAGAUUCUUGAACGGCCCUCAGGAUGGAAGGGAUUCACCUCUCAUCCGACCGUCCAAGUCGCACUAUUGGGUUUCGUCUGUUUCAUGUGCCCCGGCAUGUACAACGCCCUCUCCGGUCUUGGUGGUGGUGGUCAAGUCAACCCAACGGCCCAGGCCAAUGCUAGUUCCGCUCUCUAUGCUACAUUCGCCUUCUUCGGCUUCUUCUCAGGGACGAUCAGUAAUGUCCUUGGAGCUCGCGCUACUCUCAUGCUGGGAACUUUGGGAUAUCCUCUCUAUAUAUCCUCCUUUUUAGUUGUCAACGUUCAUCCCAAUGCGACGGCAUAUGUUAUCGCGUCGGGAGCCGUCCUUGGUGUCUGUGCAGCCAUGCUAUGGACUGCACAGGGUUCACUUAUGAUGGCAUAUCCCACCGAGGCACAGAAGGGUUUGUACAUCGGUAUCUUUUGGGCGAUCUUCAACUUGGGUGGCGUAGUGGGCUCUGCCGUCGCUUUUGCUGAGAAUUUCCACUCUACGGCAAACGGCGUGAGCAAUGGUACUUACAUUGGUUUCUUGGUUUUGACUAUUACUGGAUUCUUUCUUCCGCUUCUUAUGACCAAUCCCGAGAUGAUGACCCGGACUGAUGGCACGAGGGUCGUCCUCGUUCGUCAUCCAUCCUGGAAGGCGGAGUUCCUCAACCUGUUUAUUGCGCUCAGAACUGACCCUUGGAUUGUACUGCUCUUCCCAAUGUUCUUCGCCAGCAACUACUUCUAUACGUGGCAGUUCAAUGACUACAACGGUGCUAUCUUCACCAUUCGUGCGCGAAGUCUGAACAACUUCGUCUAUUGGUCUGCUCAAAUCUUUGGUUCGGUUUUCAUUGGGUACUGCAUUCUUGACAAGAAGCGCCUCCGGCGCAGAACUCGUGCAUUCCUUGGAUGGGUUAUCGUCUUUCCCAUGGUCUUCAUUGUCCAUGUAUGGUCUUAUUUCUACCAGAAGACAUACACUCGUGCAUCCGAAGCUAAUAAUUCCAACAAAAUCGACAUAUAUGAUAGCUCGUUCCCUGCACAUAUCUGGCUCAUGAUCUUUUAUGGAUUCUUGGAUUCAAUGUGGCAGACAUACGCGUAUUGGCUUAUGGGUGCUAUGUCAAACGACAUGGCCAAGCUAGCCGUCUUCACCGGGUUCUACAAGUGCCUCCAAUCUUGCGGCGCAGCUGGCGUAUGGCGUGCAGAUGGCGUUGGGUUACCUUAUAUGAACAUAUUUAUCUCAACUUGGGGAUUGAGCGCCGCAGGCAUGCUGUUUGCCUUCCCGAUGGUAUACUUCCGCGUCAAAGAUCAUACCGAACUUGAGGACGAAACGCUGUAA